CUAAUUCAAUAAUUUAAAUUAUACAAUUCAAAUUAUACAACUUUUUUUUUUUUUUUUUGAUAAAUUGCAGAGGGGUUUUUUAUGGGGUGGGGGUGAGGAGUGUAGAAAAGUCAAUUGGAUAAGGUGGGAGGUGGAAAAUCUAAAUGUAUUAAUCAAAUGGGAGAAUGGGCAAACAGGCAGUGGCAAUGGUGGCUAUUCACAAGUAACGGCAGAUAGCUGGAGAUGGAAACACACAAGUAAUGGCACAUACUCGGUGAAAUCUGGAUACUCAAUCAUCAAAUCAACACAGCCGAGUGAGAAGGUGCAUAUUCACAAUCAUCUGAAGCCCAAUUUGUACCAAGUAAGAUUAAUGCUUUCAAUUGGCUAGCAAUGCAAGAUAGAAUACCCACUCGUUUUAAUCUGUUUAAACGUGGAAUUGUGAAUGAUUUAAGUAUGACAAAAUGUGCACUUUGUGGGAAAGUAGCGGAGGACACACAUCAUUUAUUCCUACAUUGCAGUCACGCACAUAAGAUUUGGACUAGGUGCUAGAAAUGGUGGGGGUGGAAAGCUUACUUCCAGAAUGUUGCAUACAAGCUUAUGAGCAGCAACUUUAUCUAUUCAAUAACAGGAAGUUGGCAUUGGGUUGGAGUGUAGUUUGGAAAGCAGGUAUAUGGACAUUAUGGCUAGUCAGGAACAACAUGAUUUUUAAUGAGAAGGCAAUGGUUAAUGGGAAAGCAUUCGAGCUAAUCCAAUUACAAACGGUUCAUUGGAUUAAAGCAAAAGCUAAAGAUUGCAAAAUUUCUUUUAUGGACUGGGUACAGGAACCGGGGGAAUGUACGAAACAAAUUGGGAUGUAAUUUUGUAUCAAAUGUGUUUUGAAUUGUAGUAUUUAUUGUACUCAAAAUAAAAAAAUAUAUAAUUAAGCUUUUU